AUGGCAGCCUCAUUCCCUACUCAAAACUCUGAUUCCCUCAAAGACAACAAUAAUCAUGAAGAAACCUACCAAAAAUAUAUAGAAUUGGUCUCAACCCUGCCUAGAGAAAAAGAAUGGAUAAAUGAGAGUCUUCACCUCUAUGAAGGCUUUUGGUAUCCUACAAAGGCCCUUCAAGGAACCAUAACCAUCCAGCAACACUUCAAGGCUCGAGCUACACAUGUUUUUCUGGCCACCCAUCCGAAAUGUGGCGCCACUUGGUUUAAGGCCCUUCUUUUUGCAAUAUCAAAUCGAAAGCGCUAUGAUUUUCAUAACCACCCUUUGCUCACAACAAACUCUCAUGGUUGUGUACCCACCGUGGAGAUGUAUGCAAGUGAAAACCCAACUUCGAAUCUUGACCUUCCUCUCUUGGCUACCCAUGUUCCUUAUACUUCACUGCCAAAAUCCAUAAGAGACUCUGGUUGUCGCAUUGUUUACGUGUUCCGUGACUCAAAGGACACGUUUGUUUCUUUGUGGAACUUUGUAUGUAAGCUCAGACUCAAAGAACAACCAGUCCUAUCCAUAGAAGAGGCAUUUGACCAAUUCUGUAGAGGGGUCUCACCAUAUGGACCAUUUUGGGAUCAUGUGUUAGGGUAUUGGAGAGCAAGUGUGGAAUGCCCCGAUAGAGUGCUCUUCUUAAAAUACGAGGACAUGAAGAGUGAACCAUUUGUUAUUGCUAAGAGAUUGGCAGAGUUCUUAGGCCACCCUUUUUCCUCAGAGGAAGAGAGUGAAGGCGUGGUGGGUAAAAUAGUAGAAUUGUGUAGCUUUGAGAAUAUGAGCAAUUUGGAGGUGAAUAAGAUUGGAUCUUACAAUGAAGGUGCUCCAGUCACGAUACCAAACAGCACAUUUUUCAGGCAAGGUAAGGUUGGCGAUUCGAAGAACUACUUGACAAGUGAGAUGAUAAAACGUAUGGAUCAAAUCACUAACGACAAGUUGAAGGAUUUGGCUUGA